UUAAGAGAAUUAUCCUUAAACUUAUUAGACAUAUUUGUAUUGAGAUUAAUUUAACAUAGAGAUCUUCCAAAGACAAAAAAAGUAAGCUAGACUAUACGGAGAUUUAAAUAUGAAAAUAUUUCAAACAGGCUAUGAUGACUGGAAGUGUGUCGACGUUCGCUGAUGUCGCAUUGAACUUCGGUGCGCCCGCAGUUCGCGGAGACAGCGUGUUGCGCGUCGCUGCCGACAGAGGGCGCAGAUCAAUUAUGUACGGAGAUGAUACGUGGCUACGACUAUUCCCUGGUCUCUGGGCCGAAUCUGAUGGCACUACCUCAUUCUAUGUUACUGAUUAUACUGAGGUGGACAAUAAUGUAACAAGACAUUUAGAUAAAGUUUUGGCACCGAAUGACAAAAAUAAUCCUAAUUUUGAUUUCCUAGUGCUACACUAUUUAGGAUUGGAUCAUAUUGGACAUUUAGAAGGUGCUCGUAGCCCCAAAAUUAAAGUUAAGCUUAAAGAAAUGGAUGACAUCAUAAAGAAGAUAUUUAGCGCUAUGCAGAAAUGGGGUCGUACUGGGGUGUUGUUUAUAUGUGGUGACCACGGGAUGCGAGACGCUGGUGGCCACGGUGGUGCAACUCCGGCGGAGGUUCUAGUGCCACUGGUGGUCGCCAAGAGCGAAGAUUUCGAGUGCCCACACCCUGCAGGUCCAGGGCCGACUGUGGCACAAGUGGACGUGGCUCCAUCUGUCGCUUGGCUGCUGAACGCGCCGCCGCCAGGAGACAAUACCGGCCGGAUACUGCCCUCUCUCCUACCCUCAGAUAUGAGACAACAUCUCUAUUUACUUCAUGUGAUGAGCUCACAUAACGCUAAACAACCUACCAUACCGACCGACGCAGAGUUCUUCAAACAGUUCCAAAGGGCAGAGAAGCAAUUCGCUCAUUAUUUAGCUACUGGCCAACAGAGCGCCGCUAAAAUCGCCAAAGAGUUCUAUGAAGAAUCUUUAUCAGAAAUGGCCAAAUAUCUUAGUGAGACUACAGUCAACUUUGAUAUGUUCGCCCUCGUGAUGGCCACUACACUUCUGUACUUCAUUGUAAUGGCUCUUCUUUGCAUAACCCUAUACUCUUUGCAAUCAGACCAAAGGCGUAGAAUCAGUUUGACCCACCAUAAGACCACCAGAAUAGGAGGUUUCCUCGCGUUCUUCGUCAUACUAGCAGUCGUUACAACCAUACUCACCAUCGCUUGCUUCAUCACUGAAACAAAGAGUAGAGUAUGCUCAUUCCACUCAGUAUGGGGAGUAGCUUUCAUUCUAAUAGCCUGCGCGUUCACUAUGACAUACUUCAUAAUAAAAACGGCAUUUGAAAAGAUAAAAGAUUUGACGCCGUUGAAAGAUCUGAACGCCAUUGAUUACCUACUAAUUUUCGGAACAGUGUUCCACGCGUGGUCGUUCUUUGGCACUAGUUUCAUAGAAGAGGAACACAUGACGUGGUAUUUCUUCUGGAACACCCUUAUGCUAUUCGUGCUAGUAAGAACUAUAACAGUUCUGUUGUUGUAUUUGGGGAAAGUGUAUACUGGUUCGACAGAAAUACAAGAAAAGCCUGAACUGCUAAAGAAGAUGAAUGCGAACUUAGCAAUGUUGCCCAAAUGGAUUUUGCUCAUAGCUUUACAUCGGUAAGCAAAUAGAUUUCUUCUUCUCAAUUUCAAAGAACAUACUGUUCAAGACCUAGUUAUAAUAUGUUUAUAAUUUAUUUUUUAUUAUAAAUUUAAAAUUUAUUCCCGAACAAAAUAAGUAUGUAAGCUAUAAUUACAUCUCCCUAUUCGCUUGACAGAAAUACUGCAAGUAUUGCGUAUGUGGAAUACACUAUAUGUCGAGUGGGGUACAAAUGAACUGUCCCUACAUAUACGUAUAUGUAUUAUUUAAAAAAAUUGUAAUAAUAAUAAUACCUAAAAAAUAUAUUAAAACAAUUGUUAUCUGUUGCAUAGAUAUCUAAGAACAAUGAAUCAGACCGGUGACCGGUGGUUAUUUCUACCAGAUACAGCCGAUUGGCUUAAUGAGCCCGAUAACGCUUGGUUACUGGAAAUACAUCUACUUGUCGGUACACUAGGAACUUUAAUAGUAUGUAUGUGGAACCUUCGUUUCUCAAACAACAUCAUGCAGAUGCACUCAGCAUUUACAGUAUUCCAAACUCUAAUGAUUAUUGCAUACAGAAUAGCUACUGGUUCGAUCGUCGCACCAUACCUUGAAGUGGAGAAAUGGGAUACUGUUAUAAUAGUUAAUAUUUUCUGGGGCCUACUGAUUGGCCAAUUCGUUUUCGAAAUACUAACUUAUAUUGGAACAUUCAAAAUGUGCGGUGUCAAUCCAACAAUUAAGCCUAACACCAAGUUUGUAUACAACAAACCUAAAGCUAAAACCGAGGAUUACUUCUACGAUACAAUGUUGGAAGAGCCUUGGAAUCUCGAGGAAAUCAAACUUAACCUAGCGAGAUCACUUACGCAUCUGAUGUUGAAUAGUUUGAUGCUUAUUGUGGUUCUACUGAUGAGACCCCACAACGUAAUAAUGGUUCCAAGUGUUUAUAUAACGUGUGUAUUAACAGCUAAAUGUUUGGACCACAAGUUGCUUGAUACAAAGUUGGGAAGGAACACUGAGAUAGUUGACGUCUUGAGUCAAAGUUUAGUGCACCUGUGGAUUGGAGCUGUGUUUUUCUUCUAUCAGGUUAGUCCUAUUGCUGUAUGAUCGUAUGCGUUUUGUAAAAUAAUAUAAUAAAGAUUAGAUAUAUUAACAGCUUGUGUCUCCUUUUUUUGCAUUUAAAAAGAGGGAAUUAACUG